AUGCCGGGCCACGCCAAACGUAAGCCGCCAUCGCUCAUGUCUCCAAAGUCACCAGGGGAAAUGACUACUGCAGCAAAAAAGGGAGCCGGUCAUGGUUCUGUCGACUUGGCAAAAUUGAAGGGGUUGGAGGUGGGCGAUGAAGGCAGAAUAUACGGGAAGGAUGGAAGGGUUUUAGGACGGGUCGUUGAAGGAGACCCCAACGACCUUGUUGGGCAGGUUGUGGGGGAUGCUGGAGAAAUUUUCGAUGAGCAUGGAGGCGCAGUUGGCAGGGUGGAGGUUUUGUCUAAGAUAACUGAGCAACAAGUGAAUGAGCCUGUUAGUAAAACAGCCCCCAUCGAUUUUGAUACCUCCAAGGCCUCGAAUCUCCUGGGGGUCCCUGAUUUGUCCAAAUUGGCCGGCUGA